AUGUCAUAUUCACCGGCGGAAGACAUAUUGGAAUAUGAAGCGAGGGUAUUCAUCACCGGCUUUGAAAAGGGCGAGGCGACGAGCGUCUACGUGCAGGAGCCAUCGGAGAAAGUCGACAAGGCGUGGAAGGAAUUGUACGACGUGGUCGGUAUUUCACGGAUCCCAAGGUCGAGCGCCGAAAAGCUUCCCAACGGAACAUACCCAUUUACCAACGACCCUGGCUACUACAUCGUCUCUCUUGCCGUAUUCCACCAACUACACUGCCUGAAUAAAAUUCGGCAAGCUCUGCACCCCGAGUACUACCACAAGAAAUACCCACCAACAGAAUUCGGCGACAAGGGCGCGCUAGGUAAGGUGCACAUCGACCACUGCCUCGAGUCGCUGCGGCAGUCGAUUACCUGCGCGUCCGACGUGAGCCCCAUCAUCUGGAAGUGGCACGAGGACAAGGGUCGCGCCAUGGAGGAGGCGGCUGUGCCACACACGUGCAGGAAGUUUGACGCCGUGUACGCUUGGGCGAAUGCGAAUAAGGCGAUUACGAGUUUCCUGCCCGAAGUAAGGGAUAAGGAGCGGGAGCUAUAG